CGUUGACCGCUAAACCCAGAUCUCACGUCAACCAAAAUCACAUGCGUCGGUGGAACAUCAAUAAUCCCGUUAGGUUCCCAAUCUCGGUCGCUUCACUGUGCAAAUGGUGGUAAAAUCAAUUUUGGACUAAAUUAGUCACGCUUCCGUUUCGUUGUUAAAGAGGCAGGAGAGGGAAGGAGAGAGACCAAAUCAUUGUCUCUCCGUGCGUGAAAGAGGGAGAGGGUAAUGGCGGAGAAAAUGGCGGCGAUGCUACUCGUAGCCGUUUUGGUGCUGAUGACGGCGUAUCAGGCGAGUUCUGACGUAUCGAACCACCAGUACAAGGAGGGGGACCAAGUGCCUCUCUAUGCCAACAAGGUUGGUCCGUUUCACAAUCCAAGUGAAACCUACCGAUACUAUGAUCUUCCUUUCUGCUUGCCAGAUGACUUGAAAGAGAAGUCAGAAGCUCUUGGUGAAGUGUUGAAUGGUGAUCGAUUAGUCAGUGCCCCUUACAAACUUGACUUCCUACGUGAAAAAGGCUCUGAGCGUAUUUGCAAGAAAACCCUCACAAAGGAACAAGUGUCCCAGUUCCGAUCUGCCGUGAAAAAAGACUAUUACUUUCAGAUGUUUUAUGAUGACUUACCCAUUUGGGGAUUCAUAGGGAGGGUUGACAAGGAAGGCAAGGAUCCCAGUGACUACAAGUAUUACCUUUUCAAGCAUAUCCAUUUCGAUAUCUUUUACAAUAAGGACCAUGUGAUCGAAAUCAAUGUUCAAACAGACACCAAUGCAGUUGCUGACCUUACAGAGGAUAAAGAAGUUGAUGUAGAAUUCUAUUAUACUGUGAAAUGGAAGGAAACUUACGUCACUUUUGAAAAGAGAAUGGACAAAUACUCACAGUCAUCUUCAUUGCCACAUCAUUUGGAGAUCCAUUGGUUUUCAAUUAUAAAUUCAUGCGUGACAGUUGUCCUUCUAACAGGUUUCCUUGCUACAAUCCUCAUGUGUGUACUUAAGAAUGACUUUGUCAAAUAUGAACAUGAUGAAGAAUCUGCUGAAGACCAGGAAGAGACUGGUUGGAAAUAUAUCCAUGGAGAUGUAUUUAGGUACCCUAAGUACAAGUCUCUAUUUGCUGCUUCUCUUGGUUCUGGUACCCAAUUAUUUGCUCUUACGAUAUUCAUCUUCAUAUUGGCAUUAGUUGGCAUGUUUUAUCCAUACAACCGAGGGGCUCUAUUCACAGCAUUGGUUGUCAUAUAUGCACUCACAUCUGGAAUUGCAGGUUACACUGCAACUUCCUUUUAUUGUCAACUGGAAGGAACCAACUGGGUCAGGAAUCUGUUACUGACAGGAUGUCUCUUCUGUGGGCCUCUGUUUCUCACAUUCUGCUUCCUAAAUACAGUUGCAAUUGCUUACACUGCCACUGCUGCUCUUCCAUUUGGCACAAUUGUGGUUAUUGUACUUAUAUGGACACUUGUAACGUCACCUUUGUUGGUGUUGGGUGGGAUUGCUGGAAAGAAUAGCAAGGCUGAGUUUCAAGCUCCUUGUCGCACUACUAAAUAUCCCAGGGAAAUCCCUCCUUUGCCAUGGUACCGUGGAACAAUUCCUCAGAUGGCUAUGGCAGGGUUUCUUCCCUUCAGUGCUAUAUAUAUCGAACUUUACUAUAUAUUCGCCAGUGUUUGGGGGCACAGGAUUUACACUGUCUACAGUAUCUUGUUUGUCGUUUUCAUUAUCCUCCUGAUAGUCACUGCUUUCAUUACUGUGGCAUUGACUUACUUCCAACUUGCUGCCGAGGACCAUGAGUGGUGGUGGAGAUCUUUCCUCUGUGGCGGCUCAACCGGCUUAUUUGUCUAUGCAUAUUGCUUAUAUUACUACUAUGCACGCUCAGAUAUGUCUGGCUUUAUGCAGACCUCAUUUUUCUUUGGCUACAUGGCUUGUAUCUGCUAUGGCUUCUUCCUCAUGCUUGGAACUCUAGGUUUCCGUGCAGCUUUACUUUUUGUUCGUCACAUAUAUAGGUCUAUCAAGUGUGAGUAGGUAGUCCGUCUUUCAUUAAAGAAAACAUCAGGUAUUUUUCUUUUGUUUCUCAACCCAGAGGUGCAUGUAGAGAAGUAUUCUACAGUAAUUUUGUAGGGUGGCUUGUAUCAAAAGGUGGAAUGAAUAUUCAUUUGAUAUCUUUUUUCUGGAAAAGUAUUUUAGAUUACAAUUUGGAUUACUAUGAGGGAAAAUAGUCAUCGUCUUCCUUGCAGCUGAUGCACGGUCUACAUUAAGGUGAUUGUAAUUGUUUGGCUGUGGUAGCCAGUGCUGCAUCUUUGUUUUAUAGAAAAAAAAAGUCAAUAAUAUCUCUUAAA